AUGUCCUCUACAACAACAAAACCCCCAGCCAUACCCCCAAGACCGUCCAAGGCUCAAGAACAGACGUUGGCCCCAAUGAUCCCCCCCCGCCCCACGAACCGGCGCUUGCGCUCCGUCAGCCCGAACCCCGACCGCUUCGCACCGUCGCCGUUAAACGAGCCCAGCUUCCUAAGCAAGUCCCCCAAGCCGUCGAAUCUCGGUUUUCAGAGCGACCACGGCGAAGAACCCGUCCACCGCCCCAACUCGGUGGAGCUGCCGUCUGUCGGCGAGGAGGGCAAGGAAUACGCUGCUUUAGGCGAUGACCCGGCCUCAACCGAGGAUGCGAGCGCCGAUCCCGAGCAGACACGGACUGUGGCUAAAGACCUCAAACUCCAUGCUCCGAAGCCGUCUCUGCCUGCGGCGAGCGCAAAGCAGCGGGUUCUGGCCGUUACCCGCACCGACAGCGAGCGGGCCGCCUCGUUUGGCAUCGGACGGGCGAGCAGCGUCGAGGACUCUACCCCCGCCUUGCCUUCGAAUCGUAGUCUCAAGAAGAAAGCCAGUACCGCCAGUCAGCUGUCUGGGACCGAGAGAGAUAUCGACGAUGAGCAGGGAAUCCCCGAGAUUGGUCAGCAGGUGCCCAUGUACAGAAACGCCGGUGACGUCCAGGCCCCAUCGCCGGCGCCCUCCUCGUCCGAAGGUCCCAAGAACAGGCAUGUCCGCAAGACAUCUGCCCAUGGAAACCUGCCCCCUGGGAGCUACGGGUUGCAUGGCCACGGUGUGGCACCGCAGGACAAGCUUGAAAAGGCAUACUACGAAAAGCACCCAGACCUUUUGAAGAAGGAACAUAUGCCGCACCAUUACGACCGUCCCAAUGAUUAUUCCAUGAGCCGCGAAGACCUCGACAAGAUCGUCAAGGAGACCGCGAGCCGCGGUUCUGGUGUUGGUACCAACAAGAACUAUGCCGGUACGCCCAGCGAACAGGUCGGCUGGCAGGCGCUCGAAGAGUCAGCAUCUAGGAUAGCGUCACCGGAGCCUAAGUCGACAUCCAUCUACAUUGACGAGCCUCGGAGGCGGUCUGUUAUGGCUAGUGACUCGGAGUCGUUAACCGCUGACGAUGCGGAGCGCCCGUAUACUGCUCCCAUAUUAGCUAAUGACGACGUCGCAAAGAAUCCGUUGCCACCCGGUAUGCACGCCCCGGUGGAGUCUCCCGCCUCCGACUUGGAUGGGCCUUCUCCCCGUCCGACGAGUCGACCCGCUAGCUUGUACAAGGAGACCUCGUUUGAACUCCAGCACACGCCCCUAGAGGACGUGCAAGAGUACGAGCCCCUAUUUGAAGACGACGAGAAAAAUGAGGCGAAGAAGCCCGCAACAAAAGAGACGAACAAGACAACAACACAUCCUCAUCGUUUCCCUAGUGCCGAUAUUUGGGAAGAUGCGCCCAGUAGUGUUCUCCAAACAGCCGAGGUUUCUACCCCUGAGUUUUUGGACCAACAAGAGAAACCAACCCGAAAUACCGUACCGCCCCCCAGGGAGGGUGAGACCCCAGUUCAGGCUUUUGCUCGUUACCAGGAGGAGCUUGCCGAGAAGGAAUCUCUUGGGCAGCGCGCCGCGCACAAACCUUUGUGGCCACAGAACCAGAAGCACCUUACCCCCGAGAAACCAGCUGCCCGGCCACCCAUGCAGCAGCGCUUCCCUAGCCGCGACGUUUGGGAAGACGCGCCAGAAAGCCUACGCCUAGAGACCACGGUCUCGACGCCGCAACAAGAUGAGGCUCCAUCCCCUUCACCAGUUGACACCCACAAACCCACGGUCCCCGAGCGACCCGAACCCAAGCUCAAAUCUCCAGACGCACCUUCACCUGCCGAAAAGCCCGCCAUCCCGAACAGGCCCAAACCCAGACAGCUUUCAGCCGACGACAAGCCGGCGGUGCCGGGACGCCCGAAACCACAAAUCCCUGCCCGUCCCGUCAAAGCAAGCCCAACACCGGCCGGCCCCGGGCCCGCCGAACCUCCUGCUGCUCCACCCCGCUCCAAACCCACCGUGCCCGCCCGCCCGAUGGGCUCCAAGAUUUCCGCCCUGCAGGCCGGGUUCAUGAACGACCUGAACAAGCGUCUGAAGCUGGGUCCGCAGGCGCCACCUUCCAAGCAGCAGCAGGAAGCGUCCCCGGAGGAGGAGGGGCAGGCGGCGGCGGCUCCCAAGGAAAAGGUGCCUCUGAGCGAUGCGCGUAAGGGGCGCGCGAGGGGACCCCAGCGGAGGGCGCCUGCUGCCAAGGCGGUGGUGGCCUCUCCUGAUGUGAAGACGGAGGAGAAGGCGCAGGCUGCUGUGUCUGGGUUUGUAUUGGCCGUGACUUUCUUUGAGAUCGAUCCCGACGAGGGCGUGUUGAGUGCGGGUGUGGUGGUGGAUAAGGCUCAGCCGGUGUCGGAGUCCAAGCCUGAGCCCGAGGCUGUGGUUGUGGCGGACGAGGCUAAGGUAGAGAAACCUAAGACGGAGGAGCUUAAGACGGAAGAAGCCAAGACAGAGGAAAUUAAGACGGAAAAACCUCAAGUGGAAGAAACCCCUGACAACGAGGUGACCGACGUGGUCGCGGCUGCUGCCAUCCCGGCCAUUUCUCACGUUUCUGGAGGAAAGGAAGAGGAGCAGGUCACGGUCGAGUCAGAAAAGGAGGAGGUUUCAGAGCCAAAAACCACACCUGACUCCGAAGCCGAGGAAAAGCCUGAGCCCGAGACGGCGAAGUCUGACCCGGAACUCGACGCAGAGCCCGAGGUCAAGACCGAGGCCGCCGUCAGUCCCGAACCAGUGCCCGAGCCGGAGCCGGAGAAGCAAGAGAUCAAGUCUCUUGCGACUAACCUGGCGGGCGAGGCGCUGAUCAAGGAGGAGGUCAAGAAGGAUGAGGAGCACGGAGAAGUGGAGCCGGUGAAGGUGGUGGAGAACUAA